AAAUUACAAAGGUCCUUUCUACUGAGAUGCCUCUAGACUGACGUCCAUGGGUUUCGUUCAAGAACAUUUCCAUGUUCGACAAGCAGAUUGGGGGAGGGUGUCAUGGCUGGAUCCCCAUGGCCAAAGAUGGUCUUCUUGGCGCAGUUUGCUUUGCACACUGGGCACGGGUGGCUCUACAAGCACGACAAGCGCGCACCGAGGAGCACUUCAAAGUCAAGUGCCAGAGGCUGCAGGAGGCACGCGGCAGACUUGCACGCCGGGGCCACCGCGUGGCGGAGCUCCUACUGGAGGUGCCCAGAGAGCAGAUCAGGCAGAAGGUCUUCCAGUGCUGGCAGGAUUCUUCGAGGCGCAGGACUCGCCAUGCGCGCAUGUCCGCUCAACUCGCCCGAGUCCAAGCACUAGUCGACAGGUGGCACACGAGAGAUCAGCAGAAUCAUGGUGGGCUUUGCUUCCUGGCUUGGCGCAACCUUUGGGAGAUGGGGCGCGGGCAACGCUGUGUGGAGAUGUGGCGGGUCGCGCAACGACAAGGGGCUCAGCAGGUGCUCAUAUGUCAUGUGGCACGGAGAUCCCAUUUGCUGGCGCAGCGUGCGGUGCUCCUGUGGUGGCACGUGACCAUGGAAUCGUUCCAGGAUCGGCAGAGGUGUCGGUGGGAUCACCUGCUUUGCUUGAAGUGUCUGCAGGCCUGGCGUCACCGGGUGCAACUGCGAGUGAGUACGGCCGAGCAGCAGGAGAUGUUGGAGCUGAUCGAAAGCAGCAAUACGUGGAUUCAGGUGAUGCGGCAGGAGCGCUGGGACCACGAGGAGCAGAUGGCCUUGGCUGUCUGUCAACUCAACGAGCUGCAAGAGGCUCUGGUGCUGGAGGCGAAGUCCAAAGAGACUUUCACCCGGCAGAUCCAAGAACUACAGGACAUGAGGGAGGCUGAGAUGGUCGAAACGGUGUUUUUUCUUCGCAUUUGCCAGGAGCCCCGAUCGUAGCGUCCUUGCUCUUAGUAGCGAUGCCGAGCCCCGAUCGUAGCUUCUUGUUCGUAGUAGUAGGUCGACCCCGGAAACGUUUCUAGGAACAAUGUUUCCGGGGUCCUAGACAUGGAAACCGGGCCCCACUUUCAUCUGACCAGUGGUGUAAUUACGAUGUCCAAACUGUGGGACUUGGAUAUUGGUGAGGUCCCUGAAGAGGGUGAAGCUGGAGACAAUUACAAUCCCUCCAGUCGUACCUUCUGAACAUGUGGACUGAGGUGCCAGGAGGGUCCAAACACCUUCCCCGGUCGGUGCGGGGCGGGUCUCUGAGGGGCGUCCUUUGGCGGCCAAUUCCUCGUGCCUCCUCGGAGGCAGUAUCCGAGGAACAUGCUUGGCUGACGGGGAGCAGCUUUGUCCCAGCUAUACCAACGGCGCAACCAGAACAAGCCAGCAGUUGCCCAGCAACCUGGCGUCACUAUCGAUUCAACAUGGCCAACUAAUGCGGUCCGUUCGAUGCUGCUUUGGGGGCAGCGGGUUUCAGCCUUGAUGCACAUUGUGCUUCCUGCGCCACCUUUUCUUCACGCUGCGAACUCGCCCUUCCACCUUGGAGUGCACUGGGGCGUCUGCGUCAGGGGCGUCUGCGUCUGCAGGACAUGUGUUCCAACGGGCCAACAGGAGCACCGAGCCAACGGGACUCGACCAUCUCGACCUGCCGAUGUGACGUGGGACCUGUAGGACCUGAGACGUGAGGCUACCCCUCUUGAGGUGACUUGGAAGGCUGGGAAGAUGUAGAUAUUGACAGACUCUCCGGACCAAGCCAGUUGGUCUAGGAGGAGGAAGGCGGAAGGGGUUCUCGUUGCACCUUUCAUCGAAAGCAGCUCCUUUCUCACCUGACAGGUGGGAUUUCAGAGAUCGACAGGAACUCUUCAGUCCGCGCGAAUCGCUGGGUCGUUGCGAAUCGCCUCGAAUCGGCUCUUCGCCUCAUCCGCCUCGAUCGACCGUGGCAAUGAGUCCGGUCUGCGAAGGGUCCCGCCCGCGCACCCUCUCGAUAUGUGGUUCCCCCCAAAAAAAAGGGACGGCGCGAUCCGCCAAAGCACCACCAACCCGGAGGAGCUGAUGAGCACCACUUCUAAGUUCUGCCACGACUCAGGACCUUGCCAGUGACCGAACUUUUGGAGUCCCUCUUGGUGACCUAAAAUACAAUGCCUAUACCAGCACCCUCCAACAGCUGUUUCCUGGUGACAACAGGUGCCCAGAAACCACCUGUUAGGCUUCUAAAACCACCUGUUGGAAGGUCCUGGUACUGUAUAUAUACGUGACCGAACCAACCAGGGCAUCAAGUUCGGUCACGAACGGAAGAUCCUCCGGCUCCGCCCCCCAGGAUCAACUCGCCGCCGAGCGGCGGAGUGCGGCGGCUCGGCCCAGCGCGGUGCGGGUAGUGGAGCCGGUCGCGCCGAUGGUGGUGGAGCCGAGAGCACUGUGGCCGUGAAUGAAGGUUCCUACUUCGGGAUCGAGAGCCCGCGGCCUUGCUCGAUCUGUGGUGAACUGGGGUGUCGUUUCGCCACGGGCGAAACAGGAUUCGAGUUUGGGAGAAUCAACCAGGCGUGAAAAUCUUGGCACA